AUGCUCCAAGCCAGGAAGGUUUCAGCGAACCUCAGGCAGAACUGGGACGCGACUUCGGGCCGAUCUGGCUAUAGCAAGUCGCACAUUGAGGCAGUGCCGAAGGUCUUCCAAGCAACCCCUCGCAGGCACUUUGCACACCUGGCACUUCCCGGGUCUGCAGGGUUCGCUGGGCCCACGGAACCACUGGCGAUGGGCAUGGGCAGCAGCUGCGAAUGGCAGGAGAGCCCCCGACCACAGCCAGCGCAGGUCCAUCUCCUCUAUCCGAAACGCGCUUCAGCUGAGGCGGACGGCUUGCUACUCGGUGAGCCUGAAUUCGAUCCAACUGGUCACCAGUGGGCCAAGUGA